AUGCGGUUGUUAUUUCGUAGAGCUUCUGAUGUACGUGGAUCAAUGUCACUGUGGCGCGGUGGUUGCAGCGGCAGCAGUAGUAGAAUCGGGCAAGGGUUAAAGGAUUGCAGAACCUUAGUCACCAGCUGUAGGGCGGUGUUGUUGCCCCGAUUCGGCGGUCCUGAUGUUCUGGAGCUCCGCGACAAUGUCCCUGUCCCGGACUUGAAGCCUAAUGAGGUUCUCGUUCGCGCUCGCGCCGUCUCCAUUAAUCCCCUCGACAUUAGAAUGCGGGCAGGUUAUGGCCGUUCUAUUUUUGAGCCACUUUUGCCUUUAAUCCUGGGCCGUGAUAUUAGUGGUGAAGUUGGUGCCGUUGGGACCUCUGUGCGGUCACUUCGGGUUGGGCAUGAAGUAUUUGGUGCAUUGCAUCCUACUGCUGUUAGGGGUACCUAUACCGAAUAUGCUAUUCUCUCAGAAGACGAGCUUACGGCAAAACCAGCUUCCCUUUCUCACGUGGAAGCUAGCGCAAUUCCUUUUGCUGCUCUGACUGCUUGGCGUGCAUUGAAGAGUACUGCCAGAAUCACACCAGGGCAAAGAGUGUUGGUGAUUGGUGGGGGAGGGGCAGUUGGUCUUUCUGCUAUUCAGCUUGCUGUAGCUGCUGGCUGCCAUGUUUCCACCACCUGUGGAAGUGAAAGUAUUGAUCGUGUUCUGGAAGUUGGUGCUGAGCAUGCUGUUGAUUAUAAUACUGAGGAUCUUGAAGCAGCAAUUAAAGGCUAUUUUGAUGCUGUUCUGGACACUAUCGGUCUACCACAGACGGAAAAAAUUGGCAUUAAUCUCCUCAAAAGGGGAGGACACUACAUGACUUUGCAGGGGGAAGCUGCAUCACUAACUGACAGGUAUGGACUAGCUGUGGGCCUUCCGAUGGCGACAGGGAUUUUGCUUAAGAAACAAUUAAAAUAUCGAUAUUCUCAUGGAAUAGAAUAUUGGUGGAAUUACAUGAGGGCUGAUGCUGAAGGAUUAGAUGAAAUUCGCAGGCUCUCAGAAGCUGGAAAGUUCAAAAUACCAGUGGAGAAAACAUUUCCCAUUUCAGAAGUUAGAGAGGCCCAUCAAACAAAGGAGAAAAAAGGGUAUUUACCCGGUAAAAUUGUGCUGGAGUUCAACUAA